UGAUCCCCACCAAAGCACUCGACUCUAGCUUCUACCAUGGGACUGUGCCUGAGGAGGCGGCGGUGAGGCUCGGUGUGCCCUCCAGCCCCUAUGGAUGCUAUGCGCCCAUCCAAUUCCCAGUGCAGUUCUGCAUUCUCCCGGAGCUCCUUAGUGCUGCCCGGUAGCGGGACAGUGAGCCCUGCAGCAUGCUGACUCAGCAGGCGUCCCAGCGCACUGACAUCUCCGCUGCAGAUUCCACGGGCUCUUUUAAUAAAAGAAGAAGAAAUUCUGUAUUUGUUACUGUGACACUUUUCCUGGUAUCCAUAUUAAUUUUAACUGUGGGUCUGGCUGCAACAACUAGAACUGAAAAUGUCACUGUGGGAGGCUACUAUCCUGGUGUAAUACUUGGAUUUGGAUCCAUACUCGGAAUAAUUGGAUCUAAUUUAAUAGAGAAUAAAAGACAGAUGCUUGUUGCAUCAAUAGUUUUUAUCAGUUUUGGAGUGAUUGCUGCUUUUUGUUGUGCAAUUGUGGAUGGUGUGUUUGCCGCAAGACAUCUAGAUCUCCGACCAGUCUAUGCAGGCAAAUGUCGAUACUUUACCUCUACAGAAGAUGAUUCUGACACUACAGAGGUUACUUGCCACAUGCCAGCACGGGGCUCAUGUUCUUUGAAGAUAAAGAGCAACACAUGCUAUUGUUGUGAGCUGUAUAACUGUGGAAGGGCUGGAAUUUCAGGUCUGUACUAUGAAUAUAUUGAUGUUAAAAGCUGCCAAGAUGUUAUACAUCUGUACCACUUACUUUGGUCUGUUACUAUUCUGAACAUUGUGGGUCUGUUCCUGGGGAUUAUAACAGCUGCAAUACUUGGUGGAUUCAAAGAUAUGAAUCCUACUAUUCCUGCCAUUAGUUGUAUCGUAGAGACCCCUCGUCCUACUGUGCGUUACAACACAAGACCACCAGUGCCGUCAUAUAAUACCUACUAUCACAGCACUCCACACCUGCCACCUUACACUGCCUAUGACUUACAGCAUUCCACUGUCUUUCCAGCUUCUACACCCUCUGGCUUAUCAGAUGAUCCAAACUCAACCUCACAGUCUGGUCCCAGUUUCAUGUGGCCAUCCACUGCACCACCUCGCUACUCUCCACCUUAUUUUCCACCAGAUGAAAAGCCUCCACCUUACACACCAUGAUCCUUGUUAGCACAGAUCUCCCUCUCUUCCUACAAAAAAAUAGGCCAAAAGCCUGCCAAAUAAUAUGAAGUUUUAUAUAUUUACGGAAUACAUUUAAGACAUCUGUGUGGAAUGGACAAUUGUGUAAAUUAUAAAUGUACAUAAGAGUGCAAGAUGCCCCAGUUGCAACACAGACUUUUUAACUUCUGCCAAAUGGAAAAUGGACAUUUGUCUGCUUUACAAGGAUGUGCUAAAAUGGGGGGAAAAAAACAAAAAACUAUCGGCGCAUUGAUUUAGUUGCCGCACUAGCCUUUGUGCUUCAGUUGUCAUGCACGUGUAUACUUUAUGUUCUUAUGUGUAGUGAUUCACAGGUUUUCCAUGCCCACUGUGUGAAAAAGUACUGCCUGGGCAACCUCACGGGCACAUCUUGUGCUUGGCUAAUGCUUCCUUCUUUUUAGUCAAAGCACCAGCAAAAGGAAAAGACACUGUGGAGAUAUCAAUGCAUAUUUACAAUGUAUAGAUGAGAAGGUGUGAGUGUUUAUUUGUGAACUCCCAACUUAUGUAAUGAACAUAGAGGAGAUACUGUUUACAUCAAAAUCCUGGGAUUCUGUCAUUGCAACCGAUUGAGAAGUAGCUGGGAGGAUCUAAUUUUAUCAUGCAACAUUGGUGCCUCUUAAUUGUAUUAUAAGUUUGUGACAAUAUCACUAUGUAACAUAAAAUAAAGUCUGAUGUGCAAAAGUA